AUGGCGCCAACUCUGACGACGACGGCCACGGCCACGAUGCCUACACUGGCUCAGGUUCCGUUAAAGGGUCACGACGAUGACUUUGCGCCCGAAAUCCCGAGCAGCGCCGGGAAAGGGUCUGUGACAGCGAAAUACGCUGGAGCAACCUCCCGAAUCUAUAUCACAUGUGCUGUUCUGGCUGUGUCUUGUUUCUUUUUCGACGCUAGCCCCCGGCUACAACAUGCUGGUCUAGCACUGCUAGUUCCUGGUGGCUCGUUCAUUGGAGCUGGGGGUGCAUGGCUUUUGGGGUUCCCUUUGACAUUGGUCCUCUUUGCAGUCAGCCUCUUUCUCUGGUUUGCAACUGGCAACAUUGUGGCACCUUUCUUGACUUGGCCCGGCCUUGCGCUUUUCAUGCCUUGUUUACCAUUUGCGGCAAAGACCACAACGUACAGUAUGUAUGUUGUUCCUCUGCUUGCAGCAACCGCAUAUGGAUACAUUGUCUACUACGUGCACAAAGAUGCAUCAGCCGCUCUGAACAAACGGGAUAUGCGGAAUCGCUAUCUCCCGACAGUAGUCAAGCAGAUUGCUCGGGACGCCACGAGUUCGGUGCCAACAGAAGGACUAGAGCUUCAACUGGAAGAGUUGGGCCAGCUACGGUUCCUCAUAAACGUGGCCAACCAGGAGAUGGAUGAUUGGAACAACUUCACAGAUAUUGACCAAUUCCAAACUUCGGCCCUGCGCUACCAGCUGAACGAGCUGAGUUACUCGCUGUCAUUCGCCAACAAACUCUAUAUGCCCUCAUUCCGCGGAGGCUAUCUGCAAGAAGCGCAGAAGAAAGUGAUACUCAAGUCCUGCCAGAAGAAGGUCCUCAAUUAUUGGAAAUGGGAAGUUCUGUGGGGGAAGCUUUCAACCAAUUUCCACCCAUAUCGCGUGGACAAUAUCAUGCUCACGGGGUUUCUCCUCCUUGCAUUGGCAGUGUAUGAAGGGGCCACCGGCGACGACUGUUUCUCCAAAGACGGCGCCCUGGAACUUGUUAUCGACGAUAUUCACAAAUAUAAAGUCUCAUCUGGCAUGAAUGCGUUGGUUGCGAACGACGCCAACAAGGGGACGUCGCUUGCCGAGGAGAUCAAACAGCAGUUUCGCGAAGCUUUCAUCGAUGAUUUCAUGGCAGCCGAUGGCAGCGUCCAUCCCAUACGAUCACAUUUGACAGGAUUUCGUAUUCCCGGCCUAGUAGGAGCCAUCAACGACUUUUCAGUCGGCUGCUUGUCUGGCGCGGUCCUUCCCGACAUUGCCCUGCGGGCAUAUGCCAUUUGCCGCAAGGAGUAUAUGGAAGUGGACGAAAAAGGGAACAUGAAGUUCAAAGGGCUCCAAGGCGCCGACUUUAUCGAUCCUGGUAACUACAAAGGGUCCAAGGCAGCAUUGUACGGGACGAGUCUGCUAGCUGCACGAGAGCUCGGGGACAAAGUUGCCGCGGAUUCGAUUUUGAAACUGAUCGACGCGAACGCAGAUUUUCAACGGACCGAGAAAGACGGUGUCAUUUGGUACGACAACGUAUCUUUGCUGAUGAAGGGACAGAUAUUCCGUGGGCGCAUCAACACAACAAAAGGCUAUGUGAGAGCCAUCACCCAGCCCAUGAGUGACGCUGUCAAGAAUGGACCAUACCUCGCCGACGUCGAAUACCCAGAAGUUCUGGUUGCAAAGGCAAUCUCCCAUACCGGAACGGACCUUGACCUCGUUGUAUACCCAGGAACCGAGAAACAGGACGUCUUGUUACCAAUCAAGCAGCUGAAACCGAACACCACUUACAAAUCUGAUAACGGCAGGGAGUUUGUUUCCGACAUUCAGGGUGAGGCCACACUUUCUGUGACUCUCGAGGGCAGGACGGUUGUCAAAUUCGCCCAGUCGUAA